GCCAUUACAAAUUAUGCGGCCAUUAACAUCCUUGUACAUCAGCCUUGGGUGUGUUCGCUUCUCUGGGGGUAGAUUCCCAGGAGUGGAAUUGCUGAGUCGAAACUUCAAAUCUUUCAUUAUAAUAGAUGUUGUCACACAGCUCUCUCAAACGUCCAUAACCAUUUGCAGCUCCAGCAACAAUGCAGGAGACUCCCCGUGGCUCUUCAUCACCGCCAACAAACCCGUUCCAGCUGCAGUCGCCCGCCCCCCCCCCCCCCCGCCACCCCAUCCGCAGUUCCGCUGCCCGUGGUUUCUGUUACCCGAGAUCAACCGCCCUCUGAAGGCAGAUGACACUUCUGCUGCUGGAAGGUCAGAAGGUCAGCGGUGGACUAACGCUACGUCACUGCGCGUGUGUCACUCACGCCACUUCGUCUCAUCACGCCGGUAUUUUAUCAUCUCCCAUCAUCACAAGAAGGCCGUUUCCAACCUGGAGUUCGUCAAAAGGUGUUCGCCUUUCUGGCAAUUCCUGGCUCUAAAGGUCUACGUUGUAACCCAAAGCAUUCUGGCCGAAAACCGUCACCUUCGGUCCAUCCCCGAGAAAGUGAAGAGUUCCUGCCCUUGGAAAAAGUGUCACAACCUCAGGACCCGCCUCAGGACCCGACUCUCCGUGGGCUCUCCACGUCCUUCACUGCUUUGCCUUCUCCUCCAAGUACAAGCCGGUCUCAUCAUUCAUGGUAGCUGUGUUCCAUAAAGCUGCCGGGAAUACAGGACUGUAGCACCUGGGGAAGUUCAAGUGUCGGUCUCUGCCAGCCCCUGGUCAUAGCAGUUUCAUCAACUGGCCAAUAAAUAACUUUGUUUUAUGUGUUAA